AUGGCACAGAAUGUAGUCUAUGCUGACUUGAAGUUUACCACAGCCUCCUCGCCCACCACAACGCCCUGCCCCACAGACCCUGAUGAGAACGACAGCCCCUACGAGAAUGUGCCAGUGGAGACAGCACCCGCCGCACCCAGCCCAGGCCACUGGCUCCGGUCUCAUCGUGUGCCCAGAGGGCUGCUGCCAGCAACCCUGCUGCUCUUGCUGGUGGCCACCGUGGCCCUGGGGGCUUGCUACUGGCAGGUCACUCGCAGGCUGCAGGACACCUCCCGUGAGCACGCCGCCGAGCAGGGCCACCUCUCGCAGCAGCUGAGCGUGCGGGAGCAGAGCCUGGAGCAGACGCAGCUGGAGCUGGCAGGGACCAGAGCGGAGCUGCAGCGAGCGUGGCAGCAGGGAAACAGCAGCCAGCUGGAGCUGAGCGAGCAGAGCGCCAGGCUUGAGCGUGCCAGGCAGGAGCUGGCCCUGCUGCAGAAGCGGCUCAGGGACAGCGAGAGCGCCGUCAGCAGCCUGCGUGCCUGCGUGAACACAGAGUGCUGCCCCUCGGGCUGGGUGCUCUACCGGAGCAAGUGCCUCUUUGUCUCCCGGGAGAGGAAGAGCUGGCGGAGCAGCUGCGAUGACUGCAGGAGGAGGUCCGCUCAGCUGCUGAUCCAAGGCCACUGGCCAUCGUGGACGCUGCCGUAUUUUGUGCAGGCAGAUUAUGGCUGGUACUGGACUGGGGAAGGACAGCAAACGCAUCGUGACAGAGCUGGGCAGAUGGAUGUGAGGGCAAACACGGAGUGCAGUUAUCCUGCAGGCUGCUGGCUAUUAGCUAAUGGGAAAAUAGAGAGUUCAGAAUGCUGGGAAAAGAGACAGUGGAUCUGUGAGCAGCCCCCGAACCUAAGCAGUGCAUAUGAGACCCACUUCUGGUCUAGGACUGACUACAUUGCCAGACGUCUGCAUUGAGACUGACUAAGGUGCCAGCCCUCUUCGUUGCAGGACUUGGGAGCAGGAGAUCAGAGUGCACCAUGACAGCCUCCACCCUGUGCAUGCUUUCCCCUAGCUGCAUUGUAAAGCACCUAGAUAGGGUGGAAAACAGACUCUAUUUCCCUGCUUGACACACAAAAAAACAAUUAUACCUCCUUU